UACUACCAGUCACGCACCCGCUCUCUGCCGGGCCGCUCCGCCGAACAGAGCACAGGUACCCUUCCACCCAAGCACGCCACCUCGAAUCCCUUCCGUCUCACGUGCUCGGCGACUCGGCGUCCUCCCCUACCAACUCUACACCCUCUCCGCCCGUCCACCGAACGGCGUUGAGUGGGGAUCCAUCCGGACUCGUUGGUGAGGCCUGACUUACAUGGAUCGUUCUAUUUGUUUGCUGCGGUGUGGAGUAGUAAUCUGAUCCAUCCGUGGUUCGAUUCGCCUCUUGUUGUUCUUCUUCAGCGCAAGGGAAGGACCAGCAUGCUCUACAUAGAAGUGUUGCAGAAGACUAAAAGGAUUUUGGGUGUAUUACAAAAUACAAUACAAUAUUUUCCCCUCAGUUUCUGAAUCCUUCAAUCCUCUAGCCUGUUGAAGAACCAAGCCAGGAGUUUUGGCUAAAGAGCAGUCACAAAACUUUAGCCCCAUUACUCUCUCUGACAGUAUGGCACUGAAAAAUGUGAUCUGUUUAAUUUUGGUGCUGAUCCAUGUGAGCAGUUGUUUGGGUCGAUCAGGGACUAUGUUUUCUCCUGGAUUUGUUUCAGUGUCAAAGUCAUUACCAAGCUGGCCGAUUUUGAGUGCAGGAACAUCUGUAACUGUUGCACUUGUUCUGUCCCUGUUUCUAAUCUUUGAGCAUCUCUGUGCAUAUCAUCAACCUGAGGAGCAGAAAUUCUUGACUGGUCUUAUUCUGAUGGUUCCAGUAUAUGCUGUCCAAUCAUUCUUCUCGUUACUGAAUUCAAAUGUUGCAUUCAUCUGUGAACUGAUGCGGGACUGUUAUGAGGCAUUCGCCAUGUAUUGCUUUGAGAGAUAUUUGAUAGCAUGCUUAGGUGGGGAGGAAAGUACCAUUAGGUUUAUGGAGGGUCAGCUUCAUAUCAGUGAGAGUUCGCCUUUGCUAGAUGUUGAUUAUAAUUAUGGCAUUGUGAAGCAUCCUUUCCCGUUGAGCUGCUUUAUGCAAAAUUGGUACCUUGGUCCCGACUUCUACCAUGCUGUGAAAAUUGGGAUUGUGCAAUAUAUGAUACUCAAGCCUAUUUGUGCUGUCUUGGCAAUUUUCUUGGAAUUUCUGGGAAUCUAUGGAGAGAGAAAGUUUGCAUGGAAAUAUGGGUAUCCAUAUUUAGCUGUUGUCCUAAAUUUCAGCCAGACAUGGGCAUUAUAUUGCCUUAUACAGUUCUAUACUGUUACCAAGGAGAAGCUGGAACCUAUCAAGCCCCUAUCCAAGUUUCUAACUUUCAAAUCUAUUGUAUUUUUGACCUGGUGGCAAGGUGUUGCUGUUGCAUUUCUUUUCUCAACUGGGCUUUUUAAAGGACAUUUGGCACAAAGAUUGCAAACACGUAUCCAGGAUUACAUUAUAUGCCUUGAGAUGGGGGUUGCGGCGGUUGUCCAUUUGAAAGUAUUUCCAGCUAAACCUUACAGGCUUGGUGAAAGAAGUGUUCCCAGUGUUGCUGUCAUGUCUGAUUAUGCAUCUCUGGGAGCUCCAGAUCCUGAAGAAGACACAGGGAUCCACAGCUUAACAUUCUUGCGAACCCCUCCUCCUGAUGGCAAAGACAGGCGGUUGAGUUUUCCACAGAGCGUUCGUGAUGUAGUGUUAGGAAGCGGUGAAAUUAUGGUUGAUGAUGUCAAAUAUACAGUUUCCCAUGUCGUGGAACCUAUGGAGCGGAGUUUUACAAAGAUAAAUAAGACAAUUAAUCAAAUCUCCAAAAAUGUCAAGCAGCUUGAGAAGCACAAGAGGAAGGCAAAGGAUGAUAGCCAUCUUAUUCCCCUGGAACCAUGGUCACAGGAAUUUUCAGAAGCUCAUGAUCAUGCUACGGGUGGUAGUUUUAGCGACAGUGGAUUAGGUAAGAAGAAGUACAACAGGAAUUCAAAUAGGCUCAGAUUUGGCAGCUGCUUCUAGCAGCUAGGCGGUGUUGGUGGGUUAAUGGAUUUUGAUUUUGACCAACAGGGGGUUAACAACUUUAAUCCCAGGGGUCUAUACAUCAUAGGACAUAGCGAGGAAAAACAACAGAAAUUCUGACGACUAGUAGCUGGCAGGAGGUGGCUUAAGACCUUAAGUUGCCGCCCCUACUUCCUCUUGUUUAUAGCUGACCCUCUCUUUCGCUUUCAGGAGGCAGUAGUUACAUGAUUUUUUUUUUUAUGAGAGCGGCCUUAUUUAGUAACUCACCUUCGGUACAGGCAAGGACUGAUGUAACCCUCAAGUUUCUUUGAAUUAAAGUUCAUCGAAGGGUGAUAUUUGUAUUACCAGGUGAACAUGGUUUCAAGUCGGUAAAGUGGAAUCAAAUAGUUCUGUUGUUGGAUUGCU